GGAGUGGCUGUUCCCUAGGGGCCGCCCCUGCAGGGGGCAGAAGUGCCACAGUAUUAAAGCAGCUGCCACACAGGACACACAGAUCAGGAGGUGGCCGGCAGGAGCUGAGCAGAGACCCAGCCAGGACUUAAUCAGAGAGACCAAGAGACUGCUAUUAUGGCGGGGAAGCCCAAGCUUCACUACUUCAAUGGACGAGGCAGGAUGGAGUCCAUCCGGUGGCUCUUGGCUGCAGCUGGAGUAGAGUUUGAAGAGGUAUUUAUAAAAUCUCCAGACGAUUUGGAAAAGCUAAGAAAUGAUGGGAGUUUGAUGUUCCAGCAAGUGCCCAUGGUGGAGAUUGACGGGAUGAAGCUGGUGCAGAUGAGGGCCAUUCUCAACUACAUCGCCAGCAAACACAACCUCUACGGGAAAGACAUAAAGGAGAGAGCCCUGAUUGACAUGUAUGUAGAAGGCAUGGUGGAUUUGAAUGAAAUGAUCAUGCGUCUUCUCAUCCAUCCCCCCGAGGAACAAGGUGCCCAGCUUGCCUUGAUCAAAGAGAAAACAACAAAUCGCUAUUUCCCCGCCUUUGAAAAAGUGUUAAAGAGCCACGGACAAGACUACCUGGUUGGCAACAAGCUGAGCCGAGCUGACAUUCAGCUGGUUGAACUUAUCUACAACGUGGAAGAGCUGGACCCCAGCCUUACCGCCAACUUCCCUCUGCUGAAGGCUCUGAAAACCAGAGUCAGCAACGUGCCCACAGUGAAGAAGUUUCUGCAGCCUGGCAGCCAGCGGAAGCCACCUGGAACUGCAAAAGAUGUAGAAGAAGCAAGAAAAAUUUUCAAAUUUUAGAAAAGCAGGCCCAUCGGGAGGCUGAGGCAAGAGAAACGCUUGAGCCCAGGAGUUGGAGGUUGCUGUGAGCUGUGUGAGGCCACGGCACUCUGCCGAGGGCCAUAAAGUGAGACUCUGUCUCCACAAAAAAUAAAAAGAAAAGCAGGCCCAGACAUUCUUUGUAACAAUGUGGUGCUAGCCCCAUGCUGAUGGAGGCUAUUGUGAAGCUAAUAAACUUUGCAAACUAUAUGCUAAUCAAAUAAAACCUUCUGAUGAGCAAA